GUGGCGAUGGCGGUGGGCUAUUUGGCGGGUCUACUUCCUCGACCUCGACGCUCCCCCGUCCUUGCGACUGUCCUAGCUCGCCCAUCUCCGCUUAGCAGCUCCGGCUGGUCUUAUCCAUUCUCUUGCCCGGACUGCAUAUCUGCGAUUUUCGUUCUGUGUUUGCCCUUCCUUUCCUCUCGCUGCCCUUCUCUUCUCGUCCCGUGUCCAUCCUCCCAUCCCGUCCGCCCCAGCUCGUCUCCGGCUUUCCAACCCCGAGUCCUUGAUGGCCACAACAGCGAGGCAGCCCAAGCCCCAGCGCAAAGGGGGCGUGCCAGAGCCCGCUGCUCGUCGGGCACCGGCAUGGUCAAACUCACGCGCUUCCCCAACCUUCUCUCCGAACACCGCCAACGCUCCCUGGCGCCUUCCCGCCUUUGGGCCAGCCGAACGGCGCGAGCAACACUCCGCCCCCGCGGACGCAACCCGACCCCCGCAGGACCGCAUCCUUUCUCAACUUUCUGGCCUCGUUGGAACUACCAUCACCCUGACCACGAAGACCCACGUGCGCUACGAGGGUUCCGUCGCUUCAACAAGCGGCGAGGGCGACACAACCGGCGUCACCCUGCGCGACGUGAAAGAGAUUUCGAACCCCGGCGCGCCCUUGCGCGACAUACUUUUUAUUGCAAGCACCAACAUUGACCAGUGGAGCAGCGGGCCUGCGGAUGCAAAGCCGCCGACAACCAAUGGCGCCAAUGGUGACAGUUUCAAGACCGACACCGACAUAACCAAAACCGCCGGGCGUCGAGAACGCGAGCUCCAAGCCUGGCAGCCAGCGGACGAGGCAGCCGCAGCGUCUGCGGCGUCGGGCGCGCCAGCACCCACGUCGAACGGGGGGACGCGGGACGACCAGACGUUCGGCCCUGGGGCGGCGAACGGCGGCGCGUGGAACCAGUUUGAGGUGAACGAGCGGCUGUUCGGCGUGAAGGCGAACUUCGACGAGGACCUGUACACGACGAAGCUGGACAGGAACGCGCCCGACUUCAAGGAGCGCGAACGCUGGGCGGCAGGCAUCGCGAACGAGAUUCUGCAGAGCCAGGCGAGUAACGUGCAUAUCGCGGAGGAGCGCACGAAGGAUUUCGUUGGGGAGGGUAAGGACGAGGAGGAGAAGUAUGGUGCUGUGGUGCGCAGCGCGAACGCGUAUGUGCCUCCCGGUGCGCGCAAGACUGGGCAGGCGGGCCUGGCCACGCCUGCGGGCGUGAAGGACGUCCCGCGUGUGGCUGUUAACGCGCCGGACGGGACGGCGGUGGCUGCUGACAAGGAGAAGAAGGCCGCUGACGCUCCGAAGACAGGAUCGCCCGCCCCUGGCGCGAACAAGCCGACGGCGGACGCGGUGCCUGCGUUCCGGGACUUUGUGUCGAAUGAGAAGGACCGGCUGAUGAAGAAGAAGCAGGCGUUGAUGAAGAACGAGAUGGAGAGGCGGAUGGCGGAGCUGGUAAAAUUCAGCCAGAGCUUCAAGGUGCGUCGUCCGUUCUCUUCACUUCCGCAUGUCCGCGCUACGCGCUAACGCGACACACGAUAGCUCAACAAGCCCAUCCCGGAA